GCAGCAGAGCUCAAAGGCCUCUGGAGGGCGGAGGGAAUCGAACAACGGGAACGGGAGGCGCAGCCGCAGCAUCGAAACGGCAAAACGAAACGCACCUCCUCCCUCCCUCCCUCCCUGAGCUUCCCUUUGUUAGUUCCUUGUCGCCCGCCACGACGCUUCCUCCUCCAGCCCAGAUCCCACCGCCCCACAAAUAACGCCUCCUCCGCCGCCAUAAACCUUAGCUUCCUCCGUCCUCCUCCCGUCGUCGCCGCCGCCGCCGCCAUGGCCGGCCCGUCUUCCUCCUCGCGCGGCCUCGGCGGCGUCGACCGCUUCUACAGCCCGCCCCACGUCCGACGCCAGCAGCAGGAGGAGCAGCAGCAGAUGCGGCUCAAGGGGCUGGGCCAGGGACAGAGACCGUCGUCCCCGGCCUCGGCGUCGGCGCUAACGCCGAGGACCGCGAGACAGAAGCCGCCUCCAGGGACGGCGGAGACGGCCGUCCCCACCAAGGAUGUGGAGAGGCGGGCGGAGGCCAGUAUCUCUCCGUCGGUGCCGUCCAAGUCCUCAGUGUCAGCCACGAAGGCGACGGUGACGGUCGAGGGGGGCACGGCGCCGUCGCCAGCACCGGCGGUGGCAGAUGAGGCGGGGAAUCUAGAGAGGUUCCUCAGCUCCACCACGCCCUCCGUGCCCGUGCAGUACUUGCCCAAGACGAGCAUAAGGGGAUGGAGGAGUGGUGAUGCUAUGAAUUCACCACCAUAUUUCUGCCUCGGAGAUCUCUGGGAUGCUUUCAAGGAGUGGAGUUUCUAUGGGGCUGGUGUGCCCCUUGUGUUAAAUGGCAGUGAUUCUGUGAUACAGUAUUAUGUGCCAUAUCUUUCUGCGAUACAGCUGUACGCAGACCCAUCAAGAAUUUCAGCAAGAAGCAGGCAUCCUUGGGAGGAAAGUGAUGGGGAAUCUAUGGAUACUAGCAGUGAAGGUAGCAGUGAAGGCCGAUUAAGAUAUUCAUCCCUGGAAGCUACAUGUCGAUUGGAUGGUGAUUUUCAAAGGGAUGAUGCUGAAAUGCUUUCACCAUCCACUCGUCCAAUAUUUGAGUAUCUGGAGACGGAUCCACCAUUUGGUAGAGAACCUUUAACAGACAAGGUAUCAAUUCUUGCAAGUAAAUUUCCAGAUUUGAAGACAUUCAGAAGUUGUGAUCUGCUCCCAACCAGCUGGAUGUCUGUUGCAUGGUACCCCAUCUAUAGAAUCCCAACUGGACCAACACUCAAGGAUCUAGAUGCAUGUUUCUUGACAUUUCAUUACUUAUCAACGCCUUCCACGGAUACUGAUCCCAGUACACCAGCAUGCCCCAGUCUCGGUGGCAUCAACCGCUACGCAGCUGGCAAGCUAACAUUGCCUGUCUUUGGACUGGCAUCAUACAAACUGCGGAGCUCCAUUUGGUCAUCGAAUAGGCCUGAGGAGCAGCAGCUUGCAGCCUCGCUGAUGCAGGCGGCGGAUGACUGGCUCCGCCACCGGCAAGUAUAUCAUCCGGACUUCCGGUUCUUUCUCACCCACUGUAACACAGCAUGGAGAUGACACGAGACGCUUUACCCUCUCGUUGUAAAUGGUUCUGAGUACUUUCUGUUGUCGUCCGAGCCACUACAACACCUGUAACACUAUGUUGUUGAUCGUGUAACGUAGCGUUUACGUCUCUGAACUUUUUGUAUGGUUCGUUAGUUUAAAGCCAGACAGCUAAUUUGUAAUGUCUCCUAUAAUUCUUUUCGUGUAUGUAAGCUUUUGAGUUUUGAGAGCGAAUAUAAAAAUUUGAAUUUAUAGACAUGAGAACACCUUGCUUACCCA